CUCCCGCUAUCACAUUCUCACCGGCUGCCCCGGUCGCGCUCCCUUCUCCUGCAGCCAUCAGAAAAGGGGGCAAAAAGGCCCCCGAAUUCUCCUCGCCCGGGCACAACCUCGCUCCAGAGUCCAGGCCAGACCAGCAGGCCGCCUUUCCGCUCGAGCACCCACGCAAUCAUCACCGCCGUCUUCCUCUCGCUCUUCUCUUCCCCUUCCAUUCCUCGGCACCACGUCCUCGGGAACCCCGCAUGCCCUCCGCACAAGGCGCCGCCUGUUCCCGGUGACCGCGGGGCCGAGAUCGGCGCGCCAUGGCCGCGCCCGGAGGCCUGGACCAGGACUGUGCACAGGACGCCGCCAUUAAGCUCUUCGGCCGCAGCAUCCCGGUUCUCCACUCCUCCGUCUUCGCCGCCACCGCUGCGGCCGCAUCCGAGGUUAGCACCAAAUUAUCAAAUGAUGUUAGAAGCAAUGAUGGCAUGCCAUGCCUUCCAAACAUGUCUUUGAUUGUCAAAACAAAUCCCUUCCCUUCCAAGAGCAAUAUGAAGAAUGGUUUACAGGCAAUCAGCAGUCAGCAUGGGAAAAUGGAAGCUGAUUCCAACUCUGAGGAAGCUAAGAAUAGUUUACAAGCUAUCAUCAGUCAGCCUGGGAAAAGAUACGAUUCCAAGUCUGAGGAAGCUAAGACUGAAUCUGGUGGAUCUGGCCAAGAGAAGGUACUCAAGAAGCCAGAUAAGAUUCUGCCUUGCCCUCGCUGCAAUAGUAUGGAAACAAAGUUCUGCUACUUCAACAAUUACAACGUGAACCAGCCCAGGCAUUUCUGCCGAAACUGCAAGAGGUACUGGACUGCUGGGGGGACUAUGAGAAAUGUCCCUGUAGGUUCUGGUAGACGCAGAAAUAAGGAUCCAUCUCAUCACCAUCAUUUCACCAAGGUGUGUGAUUAUACCAUUGCUACUAAUGGAGAUGUUUCUGAUGCAACUCAGCGCCAGUCCGUUGCAGCCAAGCCAUGUCUCCUUCAAGGUUCAGGAAAACAAAAUGAAACAGCGUGCAAGUCUGUAUCUCCAGUCAGUAAUAUUAAAGAGCAGAACAAUGCCGACCUUAUUUCCUUGGUCUCUGGUGAUAAUAAGGAAGAGAAAUCAUGUGCAUCUUCUGCAGUGGUAUCUGGUUCCUCCGAAAAUUGGAUGCCAGAAAAUACAGUUAAAAAGGAGGAGGAUAAUACUUCAGCGUACGGUAAUGGUGUGAAAGUACCUGAUCACAAAAUGCAGCCUCACCAUGCUGGACCUGUUUCGGUGUUCUCCAGAAAUCCUGCUGCAGUCAUGGCGACUAAUCAGUGCUCAGAAGAUGGUAUUCAUACGCCGGGAAAUGGUACGGUCAGUCCUCUUUCACUGCCACCACUACCCAUGGUACCAACCCCAGGAAUUUGUGCACCUGCUGUUCCAUUCCCUUUCCCUCUCGUGCCAGCCUUCGUGAGCUGCAUUCCUGGCUGGCCAAGUGGACUAUGGGGUGCACCAUGGCCUGGAAGUAGUGCCCCUACAUUACUAUCUCUUCCUCCAAACGGUUUAGCUCUUUCAGGAAGCAACUCUGGGGUGUUAGGAAAGCAUACAAGGGUAGCUAAUUUGCAGGAAGAACAGAAGGCAGAAAAGAAGUUUUGGGUCCCUAAAGCUCUCCGAAUUGACAACCCAGAAGAGGCAGCAAAGAGUUCGAUCUGGGCCUCUCUUGGUAUCAAGCCUGAUGACAGAAUCAUAUUCAAGUCUUUCCAGUCCAAGGAUCUGAAAAAUAGUGCGACUAAGACGCCAGAAUCCCUGCAGGCCAAUCCAGCAGCGUUUUCCCGCUCUCAGACAUUUCAGGAGAGGGCCUGAUACAAAAAUAAAGUGUCCUCAAAACAAAGGAUACCAGAGGAUGGUCAAUGUUCCUAUUUAAGCUUUUUCUUGAGUUGAUCUGUCGCUAAGCGCAGCAGUUUGGCAAUCAACUCAGGCCUGGCCAAGAUUUACAUUUUUUUUCUUUCUAGCGAUAGCUAGGUUGGUGUGAAGAUUCUGACUGCUCAAGGAGCGCUUAUGUAAAUACAGUAGGCCUGUGAAUUGAUGUUGAAUGUUGAUAGUCUUUUACCUGGCACCGGUUAAUGUUCUAAUGUACUCCCUCUCUUCUCAAUUA